AAAUCUGCCUUUUAGCAGCAAGUCCAGCGCCGCACAGCUGCGCAGUGGAGACGCUUCUCUGAGUUGUGCGCAGCUGCUGCGCUCUGAUUGGCGCAGAGAGGCGUGUUCCCCGCAGGAAUGCGGCGCUCAGGUGGAGGAAGAGUCACCGACUCAGAGCUCUGCGCUCCACAGCUCGCAGGACGCGCUGCGCACCGCUGCUCUCCUUUGCGCACUUUGAGCGGACAGAUCAACCGCAACCUGCUGCUGAUUUGACUUGGAAACUGUUUAAUGUAAAAGUUUCUUUCUCAAUCGGACUGAUUUUCUCAUGACUCACAGCUGGUAAACUUAACAAGUCACUUCUUGCAGCAGGACUGUCCUCAGGAAGAUGCGUUCAUGUUUUCCACGCUCAGCUUUCCCCAGAAGGACCGAAGGGAUGUGAGGCGCUUUGGGAGCCGAGAGCGCAGCUGCUUGGAUGGAUCUUCCCUCCAGCUGAAGGAGAAUCAGUAGAAAUAAUAGAAAUUAUUCCCUACCGCGUGUUUCUAAAGGCGGACCGAACCGGACCGGACCGCAGCCGGACGCGCACAGCCAGCAGAGCGGACAUGGGCUCUGUGUUUGGGUCUGGACACCCUGCAGCGGGGCCGCGCCGCGCGUCACAGCCGCGUCGUUUCACAUCAUGAUGCUCCAUCAGAGCCGAACCCGUCCAUUUUAACCCAAACGGAUCCAGCAUGACCCCAGGGCAGACCAGGAGGCUGACUCUGAACCGGGUCGUGACCUUUGUUUUGCUGCUGGCCGCUCCCGGCUCCCUCGCCCCCCUGCAGAGCGCCUCUUGGAGUUCGGAGUGGGGUCCAUCCAGUGACGCCUCACCGGGGCGUCCGGCGCGCGCCAGACGGCAGCUGCAUGUCAGGAACGAGUGGGCGGCGUGGAGCGGCUGGUCUGUCUGCUCCCGCAGCUGUGGGGGCGGAGCCUCGGUGCGAACUCGCACCUGCAUCACCAGGAACCCGGUGGGCGGACCGUGUGCCGGAGAUCCCAGACAGUACAAGAUCUGCAACACCAAGGUGUGUCCUCUGGGCUCGGAGGACUUCAGAGAGAUGCAGUGUGCUGCGUUCAAUGACCGGCCGUUGGUGUCCGGAAACUCCUUCAGAUGGACAACGUUUCACGGAGGCUCCAGCCCCUGUGAGCUCAGCUGCCUGGCGCUGGGACACAACUUCUACUACAACUUUGGUCACGUUCUGGACGGUACGGCCUGCGACCCGGAGGCCGGAGCCGUGUGUGUCAACGGACGCUGUCUGAAGCCCGGCUGCGACUCCAUCUUGGGUUCGACGCAGCGGGAAGAUGCCUGCAUGGUGUGUGGAGGGCACAACACCACCUGUCUGCACCACAAGAGUGUGUACCAGAGCAGCGGGCUGGAGGCAGGCGGGCCGUUUGGAUACAACGAAGUGACGAUGAUCCCGGCUGGAGCCACUCACAUCCGAGUCACCGACAACAGCAGGAAUUAUCUGGCGCUGCAGAACGGUCGAUCCCAGUUUGUGAUCAACGGAAACUGGAAGAUCAGCGUUCCCGGUGAGUACAGCGUAGCUGGAACCAAGCUGCUGUACCGGCGCUCCGCAGACACCUGGGAGAGCUUCGAGGUGCCUGGACCGACCCAGGAAGACCUGCAUCUGAUGGUUCUGGCGACAGACAGAAACCCAGGAAUCGAGUACGAGUACUGGCUUCCACCGGACCAGUACGCCCAGUACCACGGCAGGAGGAGCCCUCUGCGACAGGCUCACCACACAGCCAGCUACUUCCCCAGAGGCCAGCCCACCACUCCAACCACGACCUCCAGGGCGCCGCCCAGCACCGCCCGGAAACCCCACUGGUUUUUAAAUGCCCUAAAUCCUCAGCGUCUCCCGGCUCCCGGCCUCCACCCGCAGCAUCCUCAGCAGCCAAUCAGCCGCCUGGAGCGCGAGGAAAACCACAGGAACCUCCUUCCUCUGGCUCCACCCGGAAAGAAUUGUGGAAAAUGUCAGAGAGUUAAAGGACGAAGGGAACGCCAGAGACAGUAUUGCAAAAAGGACUUUGUGUUUCGCGGCAGAGUUCUGGGGAAGCUGUACCGAGGCGAGGAGACGCGCUACGACGUCCAGAUCAUCCACACGUACCGGAACCGCUUCCGGCUGGAGCACCGCGAGUUCCUGUGGGUCCCGAACCUGUGCGACUGCCCCGACCUGCAGCCGGGGAAGCAGUACAUCCUGAUGGUACGGCGGCACAUCAACUACGAGCGCACGCUGAACCGCAUCCUACUGGAGGAGGAUAGCUACGUGGUUCCGUACCGGCCCAGAGAGGACGAACUGCUGCGGCCGCUCCAGAGGCUCUGCAGCAACAGAGGGAUGAAAAGUCCUGCAGAAAUAGACGAGGCGGUGUAGUGUGAGAGCGCCAGGCGCAGGCUGACGCGUCAUAUUGUUGGUUUCAUGUGUGAACUUUAAAACGGAAGAGUUGAGGAGCCGCUCGGCUUCACUGGAGGAGGAAACGGGAACUUUUCAGGUUUUACUCUGAAAUCUGCAGGGCCGGUCCAAAGCAAUGCGAGUUUAGGGCUGAUUGGGGCCUCCACACCACCAAGGGCCACCAAGAGCACCAAGCUAAUAUAUAUGUUUAAAAAUAAUACAAACUAAAUUUUAUUACAUGUGGAAAAACAAAUGUUUUGGUUAAUACCGUCCUGUUUUCUGCUGCCUCUGUUGGGGAAAUAUAAAAUCAAACUUGUCAACUUGUUUACUGUAAUUUAGUGUUUGCCAGCUGAAGUUACUUUGAAAUACUUAAAAUAUAAGACACACUUCAAUACACUGCAAAAACAAAAAAUCUUACCAAGUA